AGGUCGUCAAAACGAAGUCGUUAAUUUCACUCAAGAACCGAAAUGUCGCGGUGCCAACACAUAAACAUCAGUUUUUGACAGAUUUUGAGCAGUCAACAAAGAAAUUUUGGUUUAUAAUUUGGAAAACUUUCACCAUAAAUUACACUAUUUUUAAAUUUAUAUUGAAGAUAUGGCCGGGUCUGCCCUCAGGCGUUUGAUGGCCGAGUAUCGCCAGCUAACAUUGAAUCCACCCGAAGGAAUAAUUGCUGGUCCAGUAAGCGAGGAAAAUUUCUUCGAAUGGGAAGCAUUAAUCACUGGACCGGAAGGGACCUGCUUUGAAGGUGGUGUGUUUACAGCGAAGCUAGUAUUCCCUCCCGACUAUCCGCUUAGUCCUCCAAAAAUGCGGUUUACAUGUGAAAUGUUUCAUCCGAAUAUUUUCGCGGAUGGUCGAGUGUGCAUCUCAAUACUACACGCACCUGGAGAUGAUCCAUUAGGAUAUGAACUAUCUGCUGAACGCUGGAGUCCAGUUCAGAGUGUGGAAAAGAUUUUGCUAAGUGUCGUUAGCAUGUUAGCUGAACCGAAUGACGAAUCCGGAGCAAACGUCGAUGCAGCAAUAAUGUGGCGUGAAAAUAGAGAGGAAUUUAAUAAGAUAGCUAAACGAAUUGUGAGGAAAACAUUGGGUCUACCAUCGUAAAAUAAACCACUCAAGUUAUCAAUUAAAAUAUUUUAAUAACUA